AUGUUUGAAAGGUCGGUCCCUGAUAAAGAUAUCCAAGAUGAGAUCCAGAGCCAAGAAUUGAUCAAGUUCAAGUUAGCACUGGGAAACUUUGGGAAACAGAUUGCUACUCGAAACAGGGACACUAUAAAUCCAACUGCAUGGUGGGCAUUAUAUAGAAGUGAGACACCAAAUCUACAACGACUCACUAUUCAAGUGUUGAGUCUCACAUGUAGCUCAUUUGGUUGCAAACGCAAUUGGAGUGCAUUUGAAUAUUAUAAUGAGCCGCUUAGGGAGAGGUAUCACAAACGCAUGGAUCUCAACCUAAUUCAAUUGUAUAAAUUUGAUAGCGAUUGUACAAGUGAGUGGGCCAUGGAUCCACGAGUAGAGCUAGUGCUUGAGGGUGAGGAUCUUACUUGGCUUGAUGUCGAUCUAGCCACAGGGGCUAAUGAAGAAGAACAGCCUAACACUAGAGCACAAAGGGGUACAACUAGGUCCAGUCGCACAUCAACUCCAUCGGUCGAGGGGGAGGCGGACUUAGAGGAGGCCGAGGAAGAAGAAAAAUAUGUGGAGGUCGUCGAUGAUGAUAGUGAUGAUGAUGAUGCACAUGGAGAUGCAUAA